AUGGGAGUCUGGGUGACUGUUGAUGCCAUCUCUGUGGAAACCCCACAGGACGUUCUUCGGGCUGCCCAGGGAAGCAGUGUCACCCUUCCAUGCACCUACCACACUACUGCUACCGACCGAGAUGGAUUUAUCCAAUGGGAUAAGCUUCUGAAGAGUCACACGGAAUCGGUGGUCAUCUGGAAAUUUCCCACCCAAAACUACCUCUACGGUGACCUUUAUGAGAACCGCGUCAACAUAUCGGGCAAUGCCGCGCACUCAGACGCCUCCAUCACCGUCAGUCAGCUGACCAUGGAUGACAAUGGCACCUACGAGUGCUCCGUUGUGCUGAUGUCAGACCUGGGUGGCACCUCCAAGUCACGCGUCCGCCUCUUGGUCCUCGUGCCACCCUCCAAGCCAGACUGCAGCAUCGAGGGAGAAACUGUGAUUGGGAACGACAUCCAGCUGACCUGCCAAUCAAAGGAGGGCUCCCCAGCCCCUCAGUACAGUUGGAAGAGCUACAACACACUGAACCAGGAGCGGCCACUGACCCAACCAGUUUCAGGCCAGCCCGUCUCUCUGAAGAACAUCUCUACAGACACAUCGGGUUACUAUGUCUGCACCGCCAGCAAUGAGAUGGGAUCGAUGUCCUGCAACAUCACUGUGGCUGUCAGACUUCCCUCCAUGAACGUGGCCCUGUAUGCAGGCAUCGCGGGGGGUGUGGUGGGGGCCCUCAUCGUCAUUGGCAUCAUCGUCUACUGCUGCUGCUGCCGGGAGGACAAGGACAAGGACAGGGAGGACGCAAGGCCGAAUCAGGCUGCCUACCAGGAGCCGGCCGAGCAGCAGAGAGAGCCUUCCAGAGGGCGGGAAGAGGAGGACAGCUACAUGCUCGAAGAGCAGAGGAGCUCCGGGCGUGAGUCCCCUGACGACGCUGGCCAGUGA